AAUAGACAACUAAAAACAAAAGACGUACGCCCAGGCACACGACCCAGCGACCAACGCAUGGGCAAUGCAUCGUCAUCAUGAGUACGCCGCUGGCGCGGGCUACGUGCUACCCAUGGAGCAACAUCAGCAGCUCCUCUACCAACGCCGCCUUUUGCGCCCAGCGGCUAAUAUUAAACGCAUACGUCAGCCACCGCUGCCCGUCUAUGAGCGCAGCUACUCACUUGACACAGAGCCAACAAAUGUUGUGCCCAUCUACUCCAAAUUCGUCUAUCCCAAGCAGCAAAGGCAGCACCUACCGAUAUAUCUGGACGGAUCGCUCAGCUCGCUGGCUAGCGAUGACUACACGGACUAUGACUACGACUAUAGCUACUCCGAGGAGGUGCCUCUAGAUGGUGCACCAUUUGUGGUUGAGCCGCCACAGCCACCCGAGACUGCCGCAAAUGUUGUGCGCAACCUAAAUGCGUUGGGUCGUCUGCUGGAGCUCGUGCAGCGUUGGCCUCUGCCACGUCUCUCCUUCAAUACGGCUUGCAUUUGUUUUCUGAUCGUCAUUUUUCUGGCGCCUCGUCCUUGUGCACAGAGUUUAUUAUUUCCUGCUUUCAGAUUAUUUUUUGGCACACUCUAUCCGGCCUAUGCCUCAUACAAGGCGGUGCGCACCAAGAACGUGAAGGAAUAUGUCAAAUGGAUGAUGUACUGGAUUGUGUUUGCAUUCUUCACAUGCAUUGAGACAUUCACGGAUAUUUUCCUCUCCUGGUUUCCAUUUUAUUAUGAAGUCAAAGUGAUUAUUGUCUUGUGGCUACUCUCGCCGGCCACAAAGGGCAGUUCGACUUUGUACCGCAAAUUUGUGCACCCCAUGCUAACAAGACGUGAACAGGAGAUCGACGAGUAUCUGAAUCAGGCUCGCGAACGUGGAUAUUCGGCUGUUUUGCAGUUGGGCUCAAAGGGCGUCAAUUAUGCCACAAAUGUCAUCAUGCAGACAGCCAUAAAGGGCGGCGGAAAUUUGGUGCAAACCAUUAAGCGCAGCUACAGUCUCAGCGAUCUGUCGGAGCCAGAUGUGCACCGCACGCAGGACGAGCUGGACGCGGUCAUGUCCGUCGCAUCUAUGUCGACACGUCCACAACCGCGACUCCUGCGCCCACGUCAGCCCACGGCUGUGGGGCGCUCAGCCUCUGUAAGCACGCGCCAUUCAACGGGCAUGUACUUUACAGAGAUCGAUGUUACGUCCGGAAAGAACAGCGGCGAUUUUAACUAUAACAUACGGUCCACAGGUGACAUCAGUUCCGGAUACUCUAGCGCUGAGCCCAUCAAUGCUGGUGUCGGCAGUGGACUGAGCCGUACUUCGUCAAUGACAAACGCUUCCAAGGCGCGCUUGAAAUCGAAGCGGAACGAGGCCGACGCACAGUUGCUGGACGAUAUGCGAGCCGAGGUGUAUUUGGAAAAUGAGCGUUACUUUCAGAGCACCCAUAAGGGGCCAGAAUAUGUCAAAGAUCAAGACGUUCUAGAAACUGGCAAAGAUGACGGCAUUGUCGUCUACCUUGAUACGGGUAUAAGAGAUGAGGCGGAGGAGGAAGAUGAAGAUCAAGAGCAGGAGUUUUAUGAGGCUUUACCGAUAGUAGAUGAACCCGAAAACAAGACAGAGCCAAUUGACUGCCUAACAACGAUAAAUAUAAUGGACAAAGAUUCCGAGUCCUGCCAGGAAAAACUGGAUGAUAAAGCAAUUGACACAACUAUUGCAGAAUCCAGCACUCUUCAAGAAAGCACUGGCACAAAAGACCGACCGGUAACGCCGCGCGAGCUUCGCGCCACACUCGAAGAGAUCAAGCACAGUUUUCGUGCUCAACUCGAGCCUGAGCUAUCGCCAAGCCUUAAAGAUAGUCCAGAGUUGCGGCCCAAAGCCCAACAUAGUAAAGGACGAGCGCCUGCGCCACCUUUACCGCCACGUCCCAAAGCACGCAGCCCACAACCCGAUACCAUAAGCCUCCAAUCCAACAAGUCGACCACCUCGGAGCGUGCUAGCACACCUAGCAAAUCAGGUAUCGGGAAUCUAUUCAAGAAUAUCAAAGCUAAUGUGCUCCGCAAUAAAAUUAAUCAGCAUGGGAAUGAGAAUGAACACGAUGUAGCCGAAGGUGUGGCAGUAAACAAUAGAGAAACGGAAAUAUGAUCUGCACUUGGAACCCUCGAAGACAAAUCCAUGUCUGCUAGUUGCACCACCUUGCCAAGAAGCAGCAAGCGCGGAGACAAAACGCAUGCGACUGCAAUGAGCGGAAUUAGUCAGGCCAAGACGCGCAACAAAUCGGAGAAGUAGUGCGCCUCGAGUUCCC